AUGAGUUUCCCCAAUGAUAACGACCUUACUUCUACAACUCCUGUCUCUUCAAACAGUGAAAUCGACCCUAUCAGUCCUGUCAGUAUCAGUGAAAUAAACAGCCAGCCUGGCCACCAUCAUAUCUACGCUAAUAGCCCAUCGACAAUAUACAUGGACAGCCACCACCACAACCAUCACAACCAUCACAACAGCAACCCCCGGCCAACCGAAGGCCCACCGCUGCCUCACAGUGGAAGUAAUUCACAACAAUACGACCCUACUUAUCACAAAAUCUCUCCUCCUCCUCCUCCUCCUCCUCCUCCUCCUCCUCCUCCUCCUCCUUCCAACGACUUCCAAUACCUCACCCAUUACCAAGUGCUAGGGAUUUCCCAAAACGCGGAUUUACAAAUCAUCAAGAGUGCAUAUCGCCAUUUAUUCUUUGCGUAUCACCCAGACAGAACCGGCGAUCAUUCGGCUCAAAACAUUGAUUUCAUCACCAGACUCCAAGCAGCUUAUCAAGUAUUGUCCGACGAUUUGUCCAGAAAGACUUAUGAUCUCCAAUUGACCAACACCGCCGCAAAAUCAAAUUUAAUCAGCUGCCAGCAAGCCGAUGGGUUGGAAACGUUCAGUCUUGAUACGUUUACAUUCACCGAGCAGUUUGACCAGAACCGGGUGUUGUGGCAAAAAGACUGUCCUCGUUGCAAGCUGCAGAACAGCAUCAAUUUGAGUGAUUGGGACUUGGAGAAUUGCGGGACAAAAGUCGAUAACGAAGGUGGGUACUUGAUUGUGGUGCAGUGUGGUGCCUGCAGUAUUUGCAUCAAUGUCAGUUACUACGAUUUGGAUGAUGAGGACGGUGAUGAUGAGGAAGAGUGGCCAAAGCCAACUACAACAACAACAACAACAUCAUCAUCAUCAUCACCAACAUCGUGA